AUGCGUGCUGCUGCUUCUGUGAGUGCGAUUCCUGUUUGGUUUGGAGUUGCUUUGGCGGCGCUGCAGGUCGCAGAGGGUAGCAGUACGAUCACCCUCAACAACGAUCGCUUGAAAGCAAUAUGGAGCAAAAACAAAGGCUCGGUCGUCGAUAUGUUCCUCGAUGGCCAUGAUCUUCUUGGACCACAAUCUGGCUCCACUGGGAUUGGUCCCUACCUGGAUUGUUACUGCACACCCUCCGGAUUUUACACAGCAGGCUCCACCAACCCAAGCAUGGAAUAUGUCAAGGGAACGGACGCAACUGACACCAGAUACGCUGUUCCAACAAUACUGGUUUCUUCACGAUCUAGCUGGAACGUCAAGUUCUACGAUUCUAUCGCCAAGCACGUUGUUGGUUUUGUGCCCUCAUCCCAGCGUGGCAGCGUUAAUGGCCAUGUCAAGCUCCCAAAGGGUGCCACGCGCCCCAUAGCCGUUCUGAGUGCGGACGGUCUGUACUUCCAGGACAACAACGCUAACCCAUCCGCGUACCAAUACUGGACAGACAUUGAAUCAAACGGCGAAUUCAGCAUGGACCACGUCGCAGCGGGCAAGUGCCGACUAACCGUGUACGCAGAUGGGAUAUUCAGCGACUACGUUCGUGACGGUGUGGAGGUUAGUGCUGGACAAACCACCAAAAUCAAUGACAAAUGGAACCCCGAGUCUGCCGGGGAAGAGGUCUGGCGUCUCGGUACCCCCGACAAGUCCUCAGGCGAGUUCCGCCAUGGCAACGCCCGCGACCCGUCACAUCCACUUCACCCGCCAGAAUAUCUGAUCUACUGGGGCGCGUACGACUGGCGGAGUGACUUUCCCGAAGGCGUACAUUAUACAAUUGGGAGCAGUGAUCUAGCCAAGGAUUUCAACACCGUGCACUGGUCAGCCUUUGGCCCGACGCCCGAGAACCCAGAUGUCGAGUACAACACCACUCACGACUGGACGAUAGACUUCUCUCUAACUAAAAAACAGCUGAAUAAGUGCAAGAUGGCCACACUUACCAUUCAGCUAGCAGGCGCCAAGACGGCGUCCGGCAACACAGACGUCUGGAAUCCAGCUGAGCCGUACAACAACAUCAUCCUGGAAAGUUAUAUUAACGAGCAGACGGAACCGCUGACCAUGCUGAUUGGAUUCAACCAGUCGAGUAGCUGUAUUGUGCGCUCGGCAGUGAGCUGUUACCAAGUGCGCUCGCGUAUGGAAUUCCCUGCAGACUGGCUGGAGAUUGGCGAGAAUCGGUUGACGCUGCACUUGCCGUACAAUGCGACAGAUACUGAGACGGCGAUCCUGCCGGCAACGGUAUAUGUGCAGUAUGACGCGCUGCGAUUAGAACUGAACUAG